ACACAUUGCAAAUGCGGCAGCUGUCGGAAUACGGUAACGGUUGUUUGGUUCACAAGUGGAACCGAAAGCUAAUCAACGGACCGGGCAGACACUAUUUUAAUGUUUUGUUGGCAUGAAUGUCAUUUGACAUUUCGUUAUGUCAUGUUAGUAAGCUAAUUGCACUUCGAUUAGCGUUUUUAUUGACAUUUGUGUUUGCUUACAAAUAUACGUGGACAUAUUUAGCUAUUAGCUUGAGAGUCAUACAAGAAACUACACCCAAGCUAAAAUAUUCUAUCACAGCAAGUUACAAGUUAGCUAGCUAGCUACCCUGACCAGCCCAAGAACAGCAAUGCUGGUGACCGUAUUCUGCGCACCGAGGGAGCUUCCAGAAACAACAUUUGCCCUAGAUGUGUCUCCAGAGCUCGAACUUAGAGACUUCGUAGCGCUUUGUGAACUAGAAUCAGGGAUCCCGGCUGGAGAAAUUCAGAUAUUAUAUAUAGAGCAACCUUUGAAAGACCUGACACGUGCCUUGGGGACCUAUGGUUUGAAGGAUGGGGAUGUGGUGGUUCUUCGACAGGCUGACAGACGGCCUCCGCCAGCUUUCUCAGGUCUGCCUCGUAUUGACUUCAGUUCCAUCGCAGUCCCAGGCACCUCCACUGCUAGUCAACGGCCUGCCAAAAGGCAGCAGCAGCAGCAGCCACAUCAGUCUCCAAACUCCCAGCAGCAGCAGCAGCGAUCUCCGCCCCCUCCCGCUCCCCCGACCCUGGGUGGCUCUGCUUCUUCUCCACAGGGACUGGAUGAUCCAGCCUUGCUCCAGCAGAUGCUUCUGGCCAACCCUCACGAGCUGUCCCUCCUCAAGGAGCGCAACCCACCACUGGCUGAAGCCCUGCUAAGUGGAGACCUGGAGCGUUUCACUAAAGUGCUGUCGGAGCAGCAGCAGGACCGUGCGCGCAGGGAGCAGGAGAGGAUCCGGCUGCUGACCGCCGACCCGUUCGACUUGGACGCCCAGGCUAAGAUAGAGGAGGACAUCAGGCAGCAUAAUGUUGAGGAGAACAUGACCAUCGCCAUGGAGGAGGCUCCAGAGAGUUUCGGUCAGGUCGUCAUGCUCUACAUCAACUGCAAAGUCAACGGACAUCCUGUGAAGGCUUUCGUGGACUCAGGAGCCCAGAUGACCAUCAUGAGUCAGGCCUGUGCUGAGCGCUGUAACAUCAUGCGUCUGGUGGACCGGCGCUGGGCAGGCAUCGCCAAGGGCGUGGGGACCCAGAAGAUCAUAGGCAGAGUGCACCUGGCUCAAGUCCAGAUAGAAGGGGACUUCUUGCCCUGCUCCUUCUCUAUCCUGGAGGACCAGCCUAUGGACAUGUUGCUGGGCUUAGACAUGCUGAAGAGACAUCAGUGUUCCAUCGACCUGAAGAAGAACUUGGUCCUGAUCGGCACCACGGGCACGGAGACUCACUUCCUGCCCGAGUCGGAGUUGCCAGAGUGCGCCCGCCUGGCGUACGGCGCCGAGGGCCGCGAGGACGUUCGCCAGGAGGAAAUGGCCGACAGGGAGCUUGCCGAGGCGCUCGAGAGAUCUGUGCAGGAGAGCGACACUGCAGAUGGACAAACUACCUCACCAAGCUCCUCACCAUUCCCAAUGCCCAGACCCCUCAAUCAAACAGCCACUUCGACCUCCUCGACGCCAAGCCAUCUCCGAAGCCUGGGCCGCUCCGAGUCAGCUCCAGCCUCCGUGCACCAGGCUCCCACAGCUGGGCAGAGCCCCAGUCAGCCUGGCUUCCCGGGACUUCCUGGGUCCUCGUCCCAGGUCCAGGCCACAGCUCCCACAGCCCCCAAAGCUCCUCCCCCAGCUACUACCAACCCUACCCGACCUCCUCCACCCACCCCCUCAGCUCUAGACCCACUGUCCGCACCCUCCCCUCCCCCAGCAGCCAAGGCUGCGACUGGCACACCUCCACCAACAGAGGGUCAGGUACCCACUGCUCCAGAGGUGGACACGGGCCCCGAGGAGGGGGCGGAAGGCCUGCUCCUCCCCCGCCCAGAUGAUCUGUCCCCCGCACAGCCCAUGGAGCAGGAAGGGGAUGUGUCAGCCAGUACCGCGGGGACAUCUCCGAGGGCUCCACGGGCCACAGAGGGGGAAGGCAGUCCCCAACAUCAGUCCAUGUCCACUGCCCCGUCCCUGCCCCUGGGGGCCUGCAUCCCAGCCUCGGCCCGGGACGGCGCGCCGGACCAGCAGCCCGGCUCUGCCGAGAUGGAGUCUCCUUCCUCCUCUUCCUCCUCCCAGGGAGCGGUGCCGUCUGAGAGGGACCAGCCGGAGGGGGAGCGAGGCCCCGGCUCGGACCACAUCCCCUCCCUGGCCGCAGCCCUGCUGGAGCUCCACGAGCUGCUGGUGUCCAACAGCCACGCCCCGGCCCAGGACCGCAGCGCCUCCUGCUCCCCUCCCCGUCCCUUUCGCUCGGACGCCGAGGGGCCGGACGGCGACCGCCCAGCGGAGCCCCUCCGGACCGCCCCGACACCUGAGAACCCUGACCCUCCCCCCUCUACUGCCAUCACAACUGCUGGUGCAGACGCGAGCGAUGCCAAAGCCAACCACGCUGCUGUGCCUACCCGAGGGCCGCCGCCCCAGUGUCUGGCGCCGGGCUCCUCCGGCCAGGACGAGGAGAGCCCAGGGACGGAGACGGCCGCUGAGGCGACGAAGGGACGGGGCCGGCCGCAGGCCUCGGACCGCUCGUGCGGGAGGAGGGCGGACAGACGCGGGGCGGAGGACGCUGGCGCGACAGAAACGGAGGGCCCCUCCCCUCGUCCAGGUCACCCGGCGCUCCGGGAGCCCCCGGAGGGCCAGCAAGGGCGGGGCGUGGCCGACGGAAGAGCCUCGGGCGCCCCGGAGCCCGGCCAGCCGAGCCCCCUGUCGUUGGCCGUGGGCUCCCCGGAGGAGGCCCCCGGCGUGUCGCCACUCCCCUCCAGCCCCGAGGCCAGCUCCUCCGCCCGGCUGUUCUCCGCUCCGGGACUCUCGCCGCCGGCACGGUUUCCGUCUGAGCACAUCCGGAGGAUCCAGGCGGCGGGUUUCUCGGCCAGGGAGGCGGUAGAGGCUCUGGAAGAGGCCCGGGGGAGUGUGGAGCUGGCUCUGAUGGCCCUCCUGGCCCGAAACAUCACUGUGCCCACCUGAGAGCCCCCCCCCCCCCCCUCCAACGCUCUCCUCUCUACAUCUUUUCGUGUUUUUAUACCUUUUGUCUCGUUCUUGAUACUGACAUCGCAGUCGCUUGUUCCUUCUGCUACAGGGUGAAAGGGGGGUUCGACGCUGUGUGUGUCUGUGUGUCUUACAGACCGUGAAGCUAAAAACAGCUGGCGUUUGUUAACUGGGUUUAGUAGGUGGGGGGCGAGUGUGUGCAUUCAGCUGCCGUUGGUGUCUCCGAAGGCCUUUGUCUGAUGGGUUUUUCACAAUUGAAUUUGGUACGUUCAAUGUCCUCGCCUCCAUGUUUUUGCUCCAAAUAUUUUAAAGGGCCCCUUGCACUUGGUUCUAAUGACAUUUUAACACCUAACGGAUGGAGUGAUGAGCGAGAGGAUAUCCAUCGACGAUAUGUUUUCUGUGUGAGGUAGAACCUGAUUCCCUGAGGUAGAUAUUACAUCAACGUUCUAGCCAUGCCCCAGUAGUCAUUUUAAAGCAGAAAUGUGUCUGCUAAAGCUGAAAUGGGGUUUUGGAGGGGGGGGGGAAGUUGUUUUGUUUUUCCCCUGUUAUUUUCCUUUGCUUUGACUAAAACGAUCCUCAAUUCUUUCAAUAAAGCCAACCAAGCCUAUUCAAACACUAUAACACUGUGGAUACUGCUACAUUUCAGGAGGUGUUUUCUACACGUGCUGCUGAAUCCUUUUCAUCACUUGGCAGUCACAGCAAGUCAUCCUGUCAUGCAGCCAUUGCCAAUCUUCUGGGAUUUAAGGGUGUUUUUUUAUGGUUGAUAAACCA